CCCUGCAGCUGGCGAAUCAGCUCUACUCCCUGCUCCCGUUCAUUGCAAUCAAGCAAGAGCCAUCAGAGGACUCUGCCGCUGCCGCUGGCAAAGGUCUCCUGGUUCCAGUGCCAGAAGACAAGGAGGGCGACGAGAACAGUGACAGUGCCAAUGCCGCCAAUGCCAAGCUGGCUCUCCAGGACAAG